AGGGAAACCAUAUAAACAAGUGAAGAGGAGUCGGGUUGUUGCAUUUGACAGCUGUACUACCCAGACAACAAAAGCAGCACCGUGACUGUAAGGUUGCUCUCCUCAUCUCUUCCUAAUGGAUUACACGGACGAACCAUUUACAGUUAUGACCACAGGAUAUUCUCUUCAAACUGACCCCACUGAUUUCGACGAUUAUGACACGGGGUCAACUGAAGACCCCGGCAUGUGCAACAGAAGCUGGGUAAGAGAGUUUCGUGGCCGGUACGAACCGCCCCUCUUCUGGAUGAUCUUUAUCCUUGGCGCUGUGGGCAACCUGCUGGUGGUUUGGAUCUACACCACUGUGCGCAACCGCCUGAAAACAAUGACCGACGUGUACCUGCUAAACCUGGCUGUGGCUGACCUCCUCUUCCUGUGCAUGCUGCCCUUCUGGGCUGCUGAUGCCAUCAAGGGCUGGGAGUUUGGCGUCAGUCUCUGCAAAAUGGUGUCCGCCGUGUAUAAGAUCAACUUCUUCAGCAGCAUGUUCCUUCUCACCUGCAUCAGCGUGGACCGCUACAUUGCUAUUGUGCAAGUCACGAAGGCCCAGAACCUGAAGAAAAAGAGACUGUUCUACAGCAAACUCGCCUGCCUCGGUGUCUGGCUUGUCUCCACUCUCUUGGCCCUCCCUGAGUUUAUCUUCGCCCAGGUGACGACAGAGGGGCAAUCGUCCUGCCGUCUGGUCUACAUAAACAAUGCCUACAACCGGACUAAGAUCCUGGUGCUGUCCCUGCAGAUUUGCAUGGGCUUCUGCAUUCCUCUGCUGGUUAUGUUCUUUUGUUACUCUGUAAUCAUUCGCACACUUCUGCAGGCCAAGAGCUUUGAAAAGCACAAGGCUCUGCGCGUCAUCUUUGCUGUGGUUUUUGUGUUUGUUCUCUCUCAACUGCCUUACAACAGCAUGCUGAUUGUGGAAGCUGCACAGGCAGCUAAUGCUGCUAACUUCGACUGUGAAACUGUAAUUCAUUUUGAUGUAGCCGGACAGAUCGCCAAGAGCCUGGCGUUUACUCACGCUUGCCUCAACCCGUUCCUCUACGUCUUCAUUGGAGUUCGGUUCAGGGAAGACCUGCUAAGGAUUGUGAAGAAUUGUGCGGGCACUCUGAGCCAAGGAGGCUUCAACAAAGUACCGGCAACUGUCAAACGUCCUUCUGUCAUGUCAGACACUGAUACCACCCCUGCCCUUUCCAUAUAAAUGCCCCAUGUCCUUUAACUGCCCAAACCUGAGACCUGAGCCAGUUCAGCAUUAUCAGAGUUUUAUCUCAUGCAUUACUUGCUUCUAGCAGAGCAACGAUAACAUUUACAACCUCGAAAGCAAAAACAUCUUUGUAGUUUACAUUCAUACUCUCACAUUUACAGGCACAAGUUUUUCACUGGAAUCACUGUAUAAACUGUAUAUUACUGUAAAUACUGUUUUUUAAAAAAAAAAGUGUUUGUAGUUUGUUCUGUUGUCUAUUUGUGGUGUGCUGCUGUAACUGAACAAAAAAAAAAAAACAAUUGUAUUUUUGACUUUCUGGUACAAAACAACUAUUAAAAAUAAGAAAAAAAAA